AUGGAAAAUAUAAAGAGGAACAGAAGGUUUUUGGGAAUAGCAUUGAUAAACUUUGCAAUAUGUAUUUUUGUUCUCUUUCAUGCUCCAGUGGUUAUCUCCAUACCUUACGUCUCUCCAAAGGUAUGUCUCCGAUUUGCAUCUCUGUUUGUAUACACCUUUGUUUAUGCAUUUGUUCUCCUUGGGGCGAACAUCAGAAGAGUGGCGCCAGGCAGACUGACCAGAAAGGUCAUACCUGUAAAGUGA